AUGGGAGGUGAGCUGGGCGCGCCUGGCCUGGUGCUACACAAUCUGCGUCCGACCGCCUCUGCCUGCGACCUUGAGGCCUCCGCCUGUUUCCACGGUCCGUUGACGGUUGCUUCUGCUGCCGCCAACGGGCAGUUUGCACGCGACUCGAGCGGCUGCGGCUUCUGCGCUGUGCUGAUCAUGCUCACCUCGGUCAACUAUUGGCGCCAUCCGCUGCUGGGACCGCGGAGGACGUUCGACAUGGCGUCUUCUGUCGCGUGUUUCUUCUACCAGCUCCGCGCCUCAACCUCCGCGCCGAGCGGCGCCUGCCUCGCCUACUGCGCAACCUCGGCCGGCAUCCUCGGCUGCUACGGCUUUGCGCGACACUACAUGUAUUCGCUCGGCAACAAGCCCGCUGCCUGCCGCUGGCAUCUCAUGGUGCACGGCUUCACGGGAGCCGGGAGCUUGAUACUCUACGAUGCCCUUGGCCAGAACUACCUGGGCUGGCGAUGUGAAAAGACAACUGCGCGGGUAGUGCGCUGA